CCUUCUUCUUCUUCUUCUCAAUUCUCACACGCAAUCUUUGAAUUCCUGAAGCACACUCACUCUCUCUCACAAUCCAAGCUCUGCAACUUUGACGGUGAAAAUCUCACGCCUCUCUUCUUCGCCGUCGUCGUCUUCAUCAUCCACAUUACUAAGCCGUUUGAUGAAUGUAGAAGCGUUUUGAUUGAGGUAUUCGUUGUUUCGGCAUAGCAAUGGUGCUUGGGAUAAGAGGUAAGAGCAGGAAGAAUGUUGCGGUUGAGGUCGAUUAUGUUAUACAUGUGCGGGAAAUUAAACCGUGGUCCUCGUCUCUGGCUUUGAAGUCUGUUCAGUCUGUGUUUCUUCAGUGGCAGAAUGGUGGGCAAGCGUCUGGAUCUUUUUUCGGUAAUGUGGGAGAUGGGGGGAUUGAAUUCGGGGAGUCUUUCAGGCUUCCGGUUGUUUUCUACAAGGAGAAGUCGAGGAAAAGCUCGUCGAGUGACAGUUACCAGAAGAAUUACUUGGAGUUUCAGUUGUCUGAGCCUCGGAAGGACAACGCAGGUAAAGCUCAUGUUUUGGGAUCUGCAGUGAUAAAUCUUGCAGACUAUGCGACAGUAGUUGAGUCGACGAGUGUGGGUGUUCCGUUGAACUUGAAGAAGAGUUCUAAGAGCUCAGUGCAGCCAGUUCUUUAUGUUAAUGUCCAGCCAUGUGGAAGUGAUGGCUGCAACUUGUCCAAACAAGUGUCGCUGGACAACACUGAAAGUCAUGGGAGUGCAUCUGUUUCGGGAUCUCUGAAUGAAGUAGAUGACGAGAUUGACUCUUUUAUUGAUGAUGAUGGUGAUGAUCAUUCUUCACAAUCGUCACGUACUGUAACCUCGUCCGCUUUUGAGGCACCAGCUAGUUCAUCAACAAUUGCUGAUAAGAAGGCUUUAAAAUCAACAACUGAUAACACUGGAAGGUUUUAUGGUGAACCAACCAUACAUUCAAUACCAGCACCUGAAAACACUGUUACGAAUCCAGUCUCGAAUGCGUUUAAACAUCCAAGUGGAAGUUCAUCUCCAUUGUCGUCAAUAGGCUCUUCCUCCCCUCAGAAACCUGCUUAUGAUUAUAUUUCUUUGCCUCACCGUCCAAGGGACAGCUCAGCGCCAACCUUGAAAAAAUCUCUUACUCAGUCUGUUCAAUCAUCCGCUUCAUCCUCUGGCUUUCAGGAUGAAGAUCAAGAGUAUGGUAAUUAUAAUUUUAAGACCAACAGAAUUCACAAGAGUCUUACUAGCAGAGGUGUCAGAAUGAAAGAAAAUGCACAAGAAUCUACUAAGGGAAAAAUUGUGAGCAACCAUGCCUCUGAAGGUACAACCUCAAGUGUAUCCGUGCAGAAGGAUACAAAUUCAAUAUCUGCAAGCUAUGCAGAUUUGGGAUCGCCUCGAGAGGAUGAUCAUCUCGUAAACAUGAAAGAGUAUUCCUUUGACAGAAAAUUACCUUCUAAACUUUCACAAGAUGCUACCAGAAAGCCCGUCAUUAUAAAGAGUGAAACUUUAACAGUCAGCAACAAUGUUGGAAGGGAAGACAAGGUUAAAAGUACUGAAUCAAAGCAUGUAAAGUCUGUGGAACCGUCUGUCUCAGCUGAGAACAAUAGUCGGGUAAGAAAACAUGAGUUGAUGAAGAAGUCAAAGGAGGCUGAAAUUCAGGCAGAUGGUCGUGUUGGUGGUAUCAUUAGUGCAAAUUGUGAAAGAGAAACAAUAACCAGCUUUUCUGAUAGUAAAAAUGAGUCAACGAUUGAAAUGCUUAAGGACGAGCUGAGAGAAGCUGCUGCUGUUGAGGUUUCCCUUUACUCUAUUGUUGCUGAGCAUGGUGGUAACACAAAUAAAAUCCAUGCUCCUGCUCGCCGACUUUCUAGAUUUUAUAUUCAUGCUUGCAAUAUGAGAUCUCCAGCUAAGAAGGCAAAUGCAGCAAGAGCUGCUAUUACCGGAUUAAUUUUGGUUUCUAAAGCUUGUGGAAAUGAUGUUCCAAGGUUGACUUUCUGGUUGUCAAAUUCAAUUGUGUUGAGGGCUAUUAUCAGCCAGGGUUUAGUGAAAGAUCAAGCUUCAAAUGGAAAACGCACAACAAUUAAUGGUGGUGGCCAUCGUUCAGUGGACGGGCAUUUAUCAGAAAAGAAUAGAAUUCGGACUCGCAAGGAUGAGAAAAAUAGCAUUAUUGGAAAUUUUGAUAAUUGGGAAGAUCCGCAUAUAUUUAUGGUUGCUUUGGAAAAGUUUGAAGCUUGGAUAUUCUCCCGGAUAGUUGAGUCUGUAUGGUGGCAGAAUAUAACUCCACAUAUGCAGUCUGCAGCUGCAAAAGGCUCAACCACAAAGAAAGGAAACGGAAGAAAGAAUGGUCUCGGUGAUCAGGAACAGGGAAAUUUUUCUAUUGAGCUGUGGAAGAAGGCUUUUAAAGAUGCCUGUGAAAGGCUUUGUCCAGUUCGAGCUGGUGGCCAUGAGUGUGGCUGCUUGUCUCUGCUAGCUCAUCUGGUUAUGGAGCAGUUGGUGAAUAGGCUGGAUGUAGCUAUGUUCAAUGCUAUUCUUCGUGAAAAUGGUGAAGAGAUGCCUACAGAUCCCGUGUCUGACCCUAUAAGUGAAUCCAAGGUUCUACCUAUUCCAGCUGGAAAAUCAAGUUUUGGGGCAGGUGCACAGCUAAAAAAUGUGAUUGGAAGCUGGUCCAGAUGGCUGACUGAUCUAUUUGGUAUGGAUGAUACUGAUGUUCCAGACAAUGAGGAUGAACUAAGUGAUCACAAGGGGCAGGAGAGUGAAACAUCCUUCAAAGCUUUCCGUCUUCUUAAUGCUUUGAGUGAUCUCAUGAUGCUUCCAUCUGAAAUGCUUGCAGAGAAAUCCAUCAGAGAAGAGGUAUGCCCCACAUUUGGUGCAUCAUUGAUCAAGAGGGUCCUCUACAAUUUUGUUACAGAUGAGUUUUGCCCAGAACCAAUUCCAGAUGCAGUUUUUGAGGUUCUUGAUGAUGAGGAGAAUUUGGAAGCUGAAACAGAAUCUGUUACAACUUUCCCGUUUAGUGCAAAUCCCACAUUCUAUUCACCACCUCCAGCUGCUGCUUCUCUAAUAGGCAUUGUCGGAGAAGUGGGGAGUCCAGCUCUGAGGAGUGGGUCAUCAGUGCUUAAGAAAUCAUAUACUAGUGAUGAUGAGCUUGAUGAGUUGGAUUCACCAAUGACUUCAAUCAUAGAAAAUGUGCAGGUUUCCUCGAAGACGUCAUCGGCAGCCAACCCAAUGCUGAAGUGGAAGGGUGGUCGGGAAGUUGUCCGAUAUCAACUCCUCCGUCAGGUUUGGAAGGACAGCGACUGAUAUCUUCUUUUCACGUAUGUAUGUCAUGUAUUUGGGGCAGUCUUUUUAUUUUUAUUAUGUUUGUUUACUGUAGAGAGUUCUCUUGUCACUCAUGUGCAUAUAUACUAGGGAGCGUCUUCCAUUUUUUUAUAGCAAUAUAAUUACUAGGAUACUUUGAGGCAUUUCAUUUUGUGAAUAGAGGAAGUAGCUGUUGUAAACCUAAGCUCUGAUGACUUGGUUAUAGUAUUCUACAUUUGAUGA